CCCCCUCUUCCCCCAAGUCUCCCAAGGAUGGAUCAUUCCCAGUGCCUUGUGACUAUAUACGCCUUGGUGGUUCUGCUGGGUCUCCGGCUAGAGCAAGGCGUGUGCCAGCACUAUCUGCACAUCCGACCGGCUCCCAGCGACAACUUACCCUUGGUGGAUCUAAUCGAGCACCCGGACCCUAUCUUUGACCCCAAGGAGAAGGAUCUUAACGAGACCUUGCUAAGGAACCUCAUGGGCGGACACUUCGACCCUAACUUUAUGGCUAUUUCCUUGCCCGAGGACCGGCUCGGAGUGGACGAUCUAGCUGAGCUGGACUUGCUGCUCAGGCAGAGACCCUCGGGAGCGAUGCCCAGCGAAAUCAAAGGGCUGGAGUUCUACGACGGGCUGCAGCCGGGCAAGAAGCACAGGCUGAGCAAGAAGCUGCGCAGGAAGCUGCAGAUGUGGCUCUGGUCCCAGACCUUCUGCCCGGUCCUAUACACGUGGAACGAUCUCGGCAGCCGCUUUUGGCCCCGGUACGUCAAAGUGGGCAGCUGCUACAGUAAAAGGUCUUGUUCAGUCCCAGAAGGCAUGGUUUGCAAACCUGCCAAGUCCGUGCAUUUAACGAUCCUGAGGUGGAGGUGCCAGCGUCGGGGAGGGCAGAGGUGCACAUGGAUACCCAUCCAGUACCCCAUCAUUUCGGAGUGCAAGUGCUCCUGCUAGGGCUUGCACUUCCCUUCGCUCGCCCCUUCUUCAGCGGACUCACGUGGACCUUUGCUGCAACAAAAAUAAAAGACAUUUGCUUUCUGGUUAACGUUGUAAUGCACUGUAACGUGUAGGAGAAUGUAUAUUGUGUGUAUAUAUGGCACCGUCUUAAUAUACUAUUAAAAGGUCAGUAUUAUACGUGAAAUAAUCAGCGUCUACUGUAUUUUUAAGACUAUUACCCUGAUCGUUGCUAAUGUAUCUUUUUUUU